AUGAAGACGAUUCUCCCCUCUCUGGCCCUUGCCCUCUUCUAUGUGUCUGAAGUCCUCGGACACGGUGUCGAGCGUUCGAUGCACCCACGCGAGAUCGCGAGUCGACAGCUAGCGGCCAACCGUCGACAUGUCGUCGCGCGAAAUUGUGCGCCUCAGAUUGCCGCCUACCAACGCAAGCGCAAGCUAGCACGUCGCGCACUCAUGGAGGAGAAACUCAAGAGGCGUGGGACAGAAUUUAGUGCGACGACGAGUGCUCUCGAACCACACGAGACUACGAUUCGCAAUACCACUUGCGUUACCGCUCCCGAGGUGACAGAGGGUCCAUACUAUCUCAACAACGACCUCAUCCGUCAAGACCUUCGCGAGAUCAAGGCGGCAUUCUCCUUGAACUGGAUAUCGGUGUCAUUGAUACUUCGACGUGCCAACCACUCCCAGACGCUCUCGUCGAGAUUUGGCAUUGCAAUGCUACCGGACAAUACUCGUGAUGGAUUCAGCACGACCAACGCUGGCUCGACAGGUGGAACGGGUGGGGGAAUGUCGAUGAGCCUUGACCAGUCGAUGACCGCCAGUGGUACAGAUGGUGGCCCUGCCGCAUCUGCAUCCGGGAGUGCGGGCGCACCUGGCGCUGGUGGAGAUGGGGCUGGCGGUGUCCAGAGUAGCAGCAUGACCGACUCGUAUAACUUUCUUCGUGGUGGAUGGCCUACCAAUGCGAAUGGUAUCGUCACGUUUAACACCAUAUAUCCCGGGUUCUACACUGGACGUACGAUUCACAUUCACACAAUGGUCCAUACCAACAUUACGUACAACUCAAACGGCACCUACACCUCGCGCUCGGGAUCACUCGUGCACGUCGGGCAAAUGUUCUUCGACGACGCUCUUUCUGAUAAAGUCGUUGCGCUCUCGCCUUACACGUCAACCUCAAUGACACGCCAACUCAACGCUGCGGACAGCAUCCUCGCACAGGAAAACUCCAACGGCUAUUCCGCGUAUGUCGAUGCGUCGCCUAUCGACGAAUCGGACAUUAGCAAAGGGGUUCUCGGCUUCAUUACCGUUGGAGUCGACUCGACGGCGCUACAUGAAGUCACGAGCUACAACUAUUAUAGCGGCGGGGAUGUAUAUGAGCCUGUGGAUUACUCGAGUACGAGCAUGACGACCAUCAGGAGUGGCAGCGCAACGUCAACGGGUACAGGCAUUGCGGCAGCGAGUAGUGGCGAGACUAGUGGUACAAUGGGCAGGUAUGCCUUUGGUAUCCUCGCGCUGAUUCGUGCUGCGAGAACAUGGGUUGCGUAG